AUGAAGUUUUGCGAUGGCACGAAAUUCAAAUAUUUUUUCAAAGAUUCUGAUGGGAUUGUAAAUUCAGAGGAACUGCAAUAUCAUGAUAGUGUGGAUUUUCACAGAAAAACGAAAAGUGCAGAAAAGAAUGUGGCUUUGAGUCAAGUUUAUAUGACUGUAAAUGCUAGAAAAUUGCGAAUCGAACAUAAUGAUGAUGAGAAUAAAUUUAGAAAGGGAAGCGAAUACCCAUGUGCACAUCAGGAUUAG